AAUUCCAUCGGGUCAUAAAAUAAUCUAAUUUUUAUUAUCAACCCCCAGGCUAUAGAUAGUCGAGAUUCAGCUGCUAUGGCACUUUAUUCCCAGUGCUUUGCCUGGGUUAUUAAAAAAAUCAACAGCAGAAUCAAAGGCAAAGACGACUUCAAGUCCAUUGGGAUUUUAGACAUUUUUGGAUUUGAAAAUUUUGAGGUUAAUCGUUUCGAACAGUUCAACAUUAACUAUGCAAAUGAAAAACUUCAGGAAUAUUUCAACAAGCACAUUUUUUCAUUAGAGCAAUUAGAAUAUAGUAGAGAAGGACUCCAGUGGGAAGACAUUGACUGGACAGAUAAUGGGGAAUGCUUGGAUCUUAUUGAAAAGGUAAAUAUAUAAGUAGUCUAAAAUUUAAGGGAUUUUUUUUUAGAAAUAUUGUUUUAGUAAUAAUUGUUUACCUCAAAUUAUAGCAUAUGUCAUAUGAUCAGUCGCAAUGUUUCAAAAGUGUAUUAUUUUUUCACAACUGAACCUCAGAUUUAACCUGAUCAUAUGUUUUUAAUUCUUGUCUAUCAAUACAUA